AGCCUCUAGGGCACAUAUGGAUGUCUAUGGUACCGGUCCCUCACGCUGGUCGUCCGCGGUGUUCCUCUGGUGUUUCUGGUGAAACAUGUCGGUGUUUCAUGAUGAGGUGGAGAUCGAGGACUUUGAGUUUGACGAAGAGACGGAAACAUAUUCUUUCCCGUGUCCCUGCGGAGACAGAUUCAUCAUAACCAAAGAGGACCUGGAGAACGGGGAGGAGGUGGCCACAUGUCCAAGCUGCUCGCUCAUCGUUAAAGUCAUCUACGACAAGGAGCUGUUUAUGACAGGAGAAAUCAUUGAGGCUUCAUCAGAAGAACCCAAACUGCAGCGGGCCUGAACCUGGACACAAGUUUGAAUAAACUUUAUUCAAACACAAACAGAGGGACAGAAUGGAAAACUGCAGGACUUGUCUGUGUGGUGCCUUCAGGUACUGCUGGGAAUCGUCAGACUCUGAGAGAUGCGGCUGUUAGCAGUGUCGGGGAAUGAAGGUCCACAGCUGGAGUCCAAAAGAAAGUGAAGGAGAUGUCCAACAGGAAGAGGAGAUGUCUGGAUAAGUGCUGGGCGGUAUACCGUUAUAUACCGAAUACCGGUUUUUAUUUUUGUUAUGAUAUGAAUUUUUUGAAUACUGGACAUUCCGGUUUAAAUAGCGGAACGUUUCGUCGCGGCCGCCAGUGAACUGUUGUUUCC